CAGAACUGUGCAGGAGUUUCUAAAACUCUUUUGUAACCACUCACACAACAUCAAGAAACAGGAGAAAUGCAGGUUGACGCCGUUAAAACAGACAGCGGUAGCAGAGGGGAGGCAGGGGUCCUUUUGAUAAUUUGAUCGUUUUUGAGUCUGAAAAGUGUUCGCUGUGAAUUACAUUGCGUUAUUUUGUCCUUUUCACCUGGAUUACGUUGCUGGAUGUCCAACAAAGGGCUCUGCAGGGCUGGAGGAAGGGAAGGCUGGAAGCUUCCUGCACUUCAGUGGAAGUUUGCUGUGGGAGCAGAGAAGUGAACCAUGUAGAGAAAACCGAGAAGUCUAGAUCUGUCCGUCCCUCAGGUAGAAACAGCUCUCUCGGCGUUGUCACUCCUGACAUUAUAAGAGGAGGCGCGGUGAAAGAGUGACAGUGGUCCAAAGAUGUCAGACCUCAGCCAAGUGGCAGUGUACUCAGACUCUUCAGAUAUCUAUAAGAACGUGUUCUGUAACCCUGCCUUUGAGCUGGAGGGAGAACGCGAAGAGAAGGUAGAGGGAUUCAGGACGUCCUCGUCCACCCCCGAACCAAUCAAACCGCCAGCAGCCAGCCUCGGCUGGAGUGUGUUCGGGGUGUGUGCGAUGCGUCUGCGGGCCCCGGGUGGCUGGGGGUUGGUGGUGGUCUCUGCUGCUGCCUUGCUCCUGUUGGCGGCCAUCGGACUGGCGCUGGCCCUAAUCCUCACACAGAUAAAAGGCCAGGCGGUGGAGGAUCAGCUGUUGUCCACUAACCCUCCAGACCUGCUGAGUGCAGGGGAUGGGGCGUCCCACACCUUACCCACAAUCCCCGCCAACAGGAGUCAACUGAACAGUACAGCCGCGCCACAGCCCGCUAGGAUCCCACCAUCCGAAACACGGUGUGGAGGGGUUUUGACCGACUCAGAGGGCAGCUUCAGCUCUCCAAACCACCCCGGCUCCUACCCUCCAAACCUGCUGUGUGUGUGGGUGAUCCGAGUCCCACCCACUUCCCUGGUCCAGAUCCACGUGUCCUCUCUGGCUGUAGAGGGACCAUCGCCCUGUCUGUUUGACUGGCUCGAGGUGCAGGAGCAGAUAGAGCAGACCUCAGUGGUCACCAGGUUCUGCGGUAACGUGGCGCCACCAACAGUGAACACAAACAGCAGCACAGUGUGGGUCACCUUCCACUCUGAUGGCAGCAUCGCAGGCAGCGGCUUCACUGCGCAGUACAGGGCCAUUCUGCCCGGACACAAGAGCUGCUCCAGAGAGGAGUUUAUGUGCGACAGUGGCCGCUGUCUGCUGCCUGUGUCUGUGUGCGACGGUCAUCCAAACUGCCACGACCAAACAGACGAGGCCAACUGCAGCCAUAAACACAAAGAAUGUGGCGGGCAGAAGAACGGGCCAAACGGUUACCUGUCAAGCCCAAACCAUCCCAGGCCUUAUCCUCACCACCAGUUGUGCAUAUGGUAUGUGUCUGUUGAGGAGGGUCACGUCAUCACACUGAGCUUCAGGAACUUCAGCCUGGAGACUCAGGAUGUGUGUGAGUUUGAUUACGUGGAGGUGCACGACAGCGUCGAUACUGGAGCUGGGAGAGUGCUGGGAAGGUUUUGUGGUACCACCUUCCCCCCGGACCUGACCUCCUCCGGACCCCACAUGACUGUGGUGUUUGUGGCUGAUGAGGGAGUGGCUGACAGCGGCUUCAAUGCAACAUACCAGGCUGUGUCCGUACUGGACAGGACAUGUGGUCCCAGUCAGUUUGCCUGCAGCACAGGGGGGUGCCUUCAGCAGCAGUGGUUGUGCGACGGAUGGAACGACUGCCCCGAUGGAGCAGACGAGCAGGGCUGUGGAAACUCCACCUACCCUCCCUUCACUUCGUCGUGCGAGUUCAUCGAAGUAGAGAUGUGUCAGGGUCUGAGCUACAACCUCACCUCGUUCCCAAACAUCUGGCUGUCCAUUGCUGAUCAGAGAGAAGCCGCCACACUCCUGCGACAGUACCGGGUGCUGAUGGAGCUGGCGUGCUUCGAGCCCUUGCGCAGGCUGGUGUGUGGAAUGUUUUUGCCCCAGUGCAGCCCACAGGGUGGCGUCCUCCAGCCCUGUCGCUCGGUCUGCUCCUCUGCUGAGAAGCAGUGCAGCCAGGCCCUGGAUCUCUUCUCCUUCAGCUGGCCCUUCAACUGCCACCUCCUGCCCGACUCACAGGACCCCAUGGAGUGCUCCCUGCCUUGAGGCUUCAAGAGUUUGAAUUCUCAAUUGCGUUGUUCUUAAGAGAUGAACUUCUGCACCCUCGGUGUUUGAGGACUGAUGAGCCCGCAUUUCACAGAACUGGAUGCUGAUUUUCUGGACACGGCCUUCAAGAGAUGUGUUGUAGAACACAUUUUGACUAUAGCGCGGCUGCAACUCUCAUCACACACUGCUGCCUAUAACACCUGUGGUGCAUGCAGAUAACUGUGGUGCAGCAGACAUUUUUAAAAGCCUAUAAGUAUGUAAAUGAAAUGUUCAGGUUUUUUUGUGUGAUUCAGAUACCAAGACGAAAUGAAGGGUUUCCAUCUCCCUCUCCUGUAGAAAUCAAACUGUUGGAAAUUGUCUUUUUGCACUAUUUAUUGCUUUGAUGUCAAUCAUGUAAAAACUGAUCUCAUCGAUGAAGACUGAACGAAUACAGAGAAAACCUUUAAAUAACCUUUAUUGCAUUGUUCAUCAACACACCACAUGAUGUGCUAAUAUCGUUUCAGUGUUUAUAACAGUCCUGAUUAGAUUGAGCGUGAGAAUUACCAAAUCAAAUAAAUGAUUCAUGGGCAUCAGUUGAAUAACAUUGGAAAUUAUGAAGUCUCUCAGAGCUGUGCUUUGCUGAGCCCACAUGUUAAAAUGAAAGAAACAUAAGACUCAUGUAAAACCUAUGUGGCAAAAGUCAUCUCACUGACUCAUGAAUUUAACUUGAUAAAAUCUGUUUAAUUUGGUAACUGGUGGUACAGAAGAUUUAGAGCUGAUAAAAGAAGGAUUUGUAAGAAUAUAAAUAAAAGCAGCCCAUAAUAUAUACCGAUACUGUUCAGGUAAGAAUCAAUCAGGUGUAAUAAAGCACUGACACGGCUUCUUGAUGUUGCUCCAUAGCAGUUCUACAAAUCCAUGGCCAGGACUUCCAACCCCCGGUCUUAAAUCAGUGCCAUCAGCACAGUGGGCCAUCAACUUUUAUACACCUCAUCCAUUCAACAGAGAUUCUUAAAAAAAAAAAA